AUGGUAAAGUUGCUGGAGAGGAGCCAAAUGGAGCUGGAAAAGGGAAGCAAGACGAAAAUAAGGAAAAUCGAGGAAAAGGAAGAAAUUAUGGAUACGUCAAAUAGAUUCGAGUUACUAAAUCAAAUUCAGGAAAACCAAGAAAAAAUCAUAAACAGACCAGCAGCCAUAAAUUUGAAACUAACAAGUACAAUAGUUUAUCCGGUUCAGGACCCUCUUCAAGACCAAGUGCUCCAUGCUUCGCCCUCUCCUACUCCCUUGACCGUCUGCUUUGCUAUUGGCUGUAACUUCACACCCACUCUCCCUCAUCUGCCAUGCGAGUCUUCCUCCGUCGACUCUGCUUCAUUUCCUCUUCUACCUUGCCAGGCUUCAGUUCUCACUUGCAACGGGAGAGGACGGUCCUUCGGACCGCUCCUCUCCAAAUGUGAAGUAUGCGCUAAGAUAUUUUUUGAAGAGCAUGCCUACUUGAGUCAUAAGGAUGGCCAUAAGCUUGUUAUAUUCAAAUGCAAUAUGUGCCCAAAGGAAUUUGAUUCCUCUACAACGCUGAAAAGACAUGAAGAAAGCCAUAGACCCCGAACAUGUAGUUUAUGUUCAGAAGUAUUUCAUGAUGUAGAUACAUAUUUUAAUCAUUGGAUUGCUCAUGAAAAUGCAAACACUCCUGUCACUCCAUCAAAACAAAACACUUGUGGCUAUUGCCAUGAAGAAUUCAAAACACAAGAUGAGUUGAAUGAUCAUGUAAAAGUUCAGCAUAAAUAUUGGUGUUCUGUAUGCUCUAUAGACUUUCAAACUGUUACUUCAUAUAAAAAACACAUUGAUAUACAUACAAAAGAAGGCCCUCUUGAACAAGAGAAGACUGAAUCUAUUAAAUUCACUUGUAACAUUUGUAAUAAGGAAUAUAAAACUGAAUCUAAAUUUGAAAAGCAUAUGACUGUGCAUGAUCCCAAUAAACCAUUUGGUUGUGAAAUUUGUGGCAAAUUUUUUGAUGAUGAAAACUUUUUGAAAACUCAUCAAGCUAUCCAUGUACAAAAAGAUCUUCAAAAAUGUGACAUUUGUGGUAAAGAGUUUAAAGAGAUGUUGUUUUAUAACAUACACCGACUGACUCAUUUUGAACAAAAACCCAUUCGUUGUGAUAUCUGUGAAGAUGUAUUCACUGAAAAAAUUGCCUAUAUUAGACAUAGAAGAAAUCAUAAAAAUAGAGAGGAAAAAGAAGCAAAGCGAUUUCUAACUAUGCGAGAAAUGUUGAAGCAGAAAUUAGAAGAAAGUGAAAAAUCACCUGAAGAUGAAGGAACUGAAGCUGAAAUCAUUUUGAGUAACAUUAAUGAUGAGACUGGUGAAAGUCAAAGUAACACUAGUGCAUGUAGUUCAACUCUUGAUCCCAGUAAACUCUUUCAUUGUGAUUUUUGUGGUAAACUUUUUGAAGAUGAGCAAGUGAUGAAAAACCAUCGGGAUGGUCAUGUUAAAAAGAAACACCAAGUUUGUGAUAUCUGUGGGGAUAUAUUUACUGAAAAUUAUUUGUUUUUGAGACAUAGGAACAGUCACAGGAGAAGAGAAGAUAGGGAAUCCAAAAAGGGCAAAAUGAAAAGAAAACUAGAAGAAAGUGAACUGUCUUCUGAAAAUGUAUCUGAAGAUUGUGAAAGUAAUAGUAAUGAAAAUGGUAACAUUCAAAUUAAAAUUGAGAAAGUCGUAUCUAUUGGUAUCAAAAAGAAAACAAAUUUUUGUGAUCUUUGUGGGAAAGUUUUUGAUGAUGAAGAUGCAAUGAAGAGUCAUCGGAAUGAACAUGCACAAAAUAAGUUAAUUGUUUGUGACACAUUGUUUUCCAUUGACACAGCAAUAGCCAAGAUGAAUGUAAAACUUGUCAAAUGCAGUAAUUUAUGUCUGAAAACAGAGAGGUGGGGAAUGUUGCUACCCUUACAACAAUAG